CACAAGCGAGUCAAAUAUGUCGACCUUGACAGAGUCCCGCAUUUGGUUUGUCACAGGAUCUUCGAGCGGCAUCGGCAAAGCGCUCGUGAGCGCCGUCCUUGCAGCCAACGAGCGCGUCGUUGCCACGGCACGCAACACUUCUGCGCUCGCAGACCUCCAGUCGAAGUACUCCUCCGACCAGCUCGUCGUGCUGCCUCUCGAUGUCACAGAUACAAUCCAAAUCGCGGAGGCGUUUACGAUGAUCGAGCAAAAGUUUCAUCGCCUGGACGUCGUCGUCAACGGUGCCGGCUAUGCGGUGCUGGGAGAGAUCGAGGGCAUCCCGGAGGAGACGGCGAGGAAGCAGGUCGAAGUGUUGUUCUGGGGACCGGUCCAUAUCACAAAGGAGGCGAUCAGGUUCUUCAGGGAAGUCAACCCGAAAGGCCACGGCGGCUUCGUCGUCAACAUCUCGUCUUACGGAGGCUACGUGGGCCAAGCGGGCGCCGCCUUCUACUCUGCAGGCAAAUUCGCACUGGAAGGCUUCACCGAAGCGUUCGUCCGCGAGAUGCCCCCGGAGUGGAACAUCCGCGGCAUCAUCAUCGAGCCCGGCAACUUCAAGACCGCCUUCCUCCAAAAUCUCGACGUCGUGCCCCCGCACCCCGCCUACGACGCCACCAGCCCCACCGCGCGCGUGCGUCAGGCCAUCGGGGCCAGGGCCGUGCCACUCCCCGGCGACGUCGACAAGUUCGCGCGCGCGGUGCUCCAGGUCGUGGGAGCGCCCGACCGGGCGCGUCUGCCGCUGCGGUUACCCCUCGGGCCGGACGCGUCGCUCUUUGUCUCGACCCAGGCGAGGAGGACGGCGAAAGAUGCGGAGGAGUGGGCGGAGCUCAGUCAGGGCACGGAUUCGGACGACUCCGUGGGGUCGGAGUAUAUGCAGAUGCUGAGGCAGAUGUUGAGCGAGACUCCUUAGAUUGGUCGUGCUACUUGUAGUGUACAUGGGGCCUGCGUUGAAUGUAAAGCCCGCGCCUCUUCGCCCCUUUC